AAUCAUUAACAGUCCAAUUCUAAGUCAAACGAAGUGUCAGGAACUAUAAAGUAUAAAGAUAGAUAGAUACUAGAUAGUGAAUAUUCUCAAGUGCUCUGGUAUGUGGUUAUAUUUUUAAAACCUUAACUAAGUUACCGAUUUUUAUUUCAGAUUGGCUUACAAUAAUGAGUUCUUCAGCUCAGCCUCAAAGUGAUAUGGAAGUUGAAGAGGGCACAUCUGCCAGCAAAAAUGUUAUGGCUUCAUCUGGCACUGUGGGCAGUGUGUCCACAUCCCUACACCCUCUAGUCAUCAUGAAUAUAUCAGAGCAUUGGACAAGGAUCAGAGCGCAGGAGGGUGCAGCUCAUCAAGUGAUUGGAGCUCUUAUUGGGAAGCAAAAAGGUCGCAACAUUGAAAUAAUGAACUCUUUUGAAUUAGUCUUUAAUAUAAUUGGUGGUGAUAUCGUCAUAGACAGGGAUUAUUACAAUACUAAGGAAGAACAAUUCAAGCAAGUGUUCAGUGAGAUGGACUUCCUCGGGUGGUACACAACUGGAGAUGCCCCAGAUGACAGUGACAUCAAGAUUCACAAACAGAUCUGUGAAAUCAACGAGAGCCCAGUUUUCCUCAAGCUGAAUCCUCAGGCACGACACACAGAGCAACUACCAGUGGCCAUGUAUGAGUCAGUCAUCGACCUAGUGGGAGGAGAAGCCACAAUGCUGUUUGUGGAAUUGCAUUACACCCUGGCUACAGAGGAAGCUGAACGUAUUGGUGUUGACCAUGUGGCUCGGAUGUCAAGCAACGACUCAGGCGAGAGUUCUCUAGUUGCUGAACACCUGACGGCCCAGCAUUCCGCCAUCAAGAUGCUCCACAGUCGAGUAAAGUUAGUGCUGGAGUAUGUAAAGGCUGUACAAUCUGGGAAACUAGCAGUGAAUCAUGAGAUAUUGCGUGAAGCCUACAGCCUCAGUCACCGUUUACCUGUCUUGCAGACUGAUCGGUUUACAACCGACUUUUACAAUCAAUGCAAUGAUGUCGGUCUGAUGACAUACCUGGGAACAAUAACCAAGGGAUGUAACGAUAUUAACCAGUUUGUUACUCGUUUUAACACGCUCUACGAUCGCCUUGGUGUAGGCCGGCGAUCAAGAGGUCUCUUCUUUUAAUUUAAAAUAAGAUAUUGCUGUGAUUAUAUAUGUAAAACUGUUUCAUUAAAUUUAUUUUACUAUUUUCAUUUCCCUACA